AUGAGAACUUUAGGCUGUAAAACUGAUGCAUUGUCCUCUGUUACAGGUUCAACAGAGAGAGAAGAUGACCUGAGGAUUGUGCUGCUGGGAAAAACUGGAGUCGGGAAAAGUGCAACUGGAAACACCGUCUUAGGUAGAAAAGCAUUUACAGCAGAAACAUCUCAAGAGUCUGUUACUAAAGAGUGUCAGAGAGAAACAUCUGAAAUCAACGGCAGACACAUUACUGUGAUCGACACUCCAGGACUGUUUGAUACUGAACUCAGUAUUGAAGAAACCCAGAGAGAAAUCACUAACUGCAUCUCCAUGAUCCUGCCUGGACCACAUGUGUUCAUCAUCGUGCUCAAUUUAGGACAACGAUUCACUAAAGAAGAUGCAGCAGCUGUGGAGAUCAUCCAGGAGAAGUUUGGAGAGAAAUCUUUAAUGUUCACCAUGGUGCUCUUCACCAGAGGAGAUGAUCUGGAGAAAAAAAACAUUGAACAGUUUCUGAGAGAACCUAGAUCUGCUCUGAAUCAGGUGAUUGAAGCAUGUGGAAACAGAUACCAUGUGUUCAAUAAUAAAGAGACUGAAGACCGAACACAGGUGACUGAUCUACUGCAGAAGAUAGACAACAUGGUGAAAGAAACGGGAGAGAGUUACUACUCAUGUAAGAUGUUCAGAGAGAUGGAGAGACAAAUACAAGAACAACAGAAGAACAUACUGAUGGAGAAAGUGGAGCAACUGAACAGAGAAAAAAGAAGAACUGAUGAACAAUCAUAAAGAAGAGAUGGAGAGAAUGAAGAUGAAGAUCGAGGAACAUCAUGACAAAGAGAGUAAGAGGAGAGAAGAAGAAUUUAUUGAGAGAGAAGAACGAUAUAAAAGAGAGAUUAAAGAAAUAAAGGAGAAAGAGAGCGAGAUGAGAGAUAAGCUGAAGAGAAAACGAGAGGAAUGGGAGAAACAGAGAC